CACACUUGCGGGGCUGCUCGCUCCCCGCCACUGGCGGCCACUCGCUAGACGCCCGCCCUCCUGCCGGGGCUGCGGGAGUCGGCGCGCGGGCCGGAGGUCUAAGCCCCGGCUCAGGGGGCGUGGGGACGCCCGGGGGAUGAGCCGAGCCCGCCGCCUCCCCGGGUAUGGGUAACGCGCUGCCAGCCAGGGAGCAGCCCCGGGAGCCCCGCGACGCGCCGGCCAGGGAGCAGCCCCGGGAGCCCCGCGAAGAGCCACCCAGGGGCCGGAGUCGAGGCGGGGGGCUCGCUGCGGCCGGGGCUGCCCCUCCGCUCCUCCGCGGGCCGCCAGAGGCACGGGAGCCGGGACUGCCGCAGUGCCCGCCGCUCGGCCGGCUGUAAAUCCCGGCUGUCGGCGCCGGCGGGGCGCUGAGCCCAGGUCCCGCACCUGCUCCCCGCGCUGAGCGGGGUGGCCGAGCGGGGCUGCGGGGGCCGGGCCCGGCCUGGAUGGGGCGCCGUGCAGACGCCUCCCAGUCGGCUCGCUCGGCGCCCGGCAGCGCCCACUCCGGAUCCCGCUCCGCCCGGGCGCCCGGCAUGGACUCCCGUGAGCGCGCCUUCCGCACCGGGAGCAGAAGCUAGGCGGCGGGGCCAAGGGCAGGAUGCGGCGCUAGUGCGGGAAGCGCCCCAGCCCAGAGGCCUCGCUCUGCGGGAGAGCACCGCCCAGCGUCCAGUGCCCAGCACCAGCUUGGCCGCGGAGCCGGCACGCAUGCCGACCUCACCUGACGGCCGCCUGCCCGGGGAGCCGGCGCGAGGCCCGGCGGGGCGCCCGGGGCGCACGGACACCAGGAUCUCAGCCCAGGCGGCGGCCGAGCGAUGCGCGGGCGGGCUGCCCAGGACCGAGCCCGAGCCGGAGCGGGCGCCCCACCGCAACCCCCCGGGAAGCUCCGCGACUCGUAGCCCAGGCCACGCGGCCGUGUCCAACCUGGAUGUGGAGAGUAAGCUGAGUGUGUACUACCGCGCUCCGUGGCACCAGCAGAGGAACAUCUUCCUGCCGGCCACGCGGCCGCCCUGUGUGGAGGAACUGCACCGCCACGCCCGCCAGAGCCUGCAGGCCCUGCGCAGAGAGCACCGGAGUCGGAGUGACCGCCGUGAACAGAGAGCUGCUGCCCCCCUUCCCGUGGCAGCUCCCCCACUACCAGCCUACCUGCCAUCUCACAGCCAGAGGAGACGUGAAGGGAAGGAGCGACACUUUUUAACGUUUAACAGCACGCGUUCGCCCUCCCCCACUGAGUGUUGCCACAUGACCCCGUGGAGUAGAAAGUCCCAUCCCCCGGAGGAUGAAGAUACAGAUGUCAUGUUAGGUCAGAGGCCAAAAAACCCAGUCCACAAUAUCCCCUCAACACUGGACAAGCAGACCAACUGGAGCAAAGCACUACCUCUCCCGACACCGGAGGAGAAGAUGAAGCAGGAUGCCCAAGUCAUCUCUUCCUGCAUUAUUCCCAUCAACGUCACUGGCGUUGGCUUUGACAGAGAGGCCAGUAUCCGCUGCUCUCUUGUUCAUUCACAAUCCGUGCUUCAGCGGAGACGAAAACUGAGGAGGAGGAAGACAAUCUCGGGGAUCCCCAGAAGAGUCCAACAGGAAAUAGAUUCUGAUGAGUCGCCAGUGGCCAGGGAAAGGAAUGUGAUCGUACACACAAAUCCAGACCCUUCCAACACUGUCAACAGGAGGUCUGGAACACGGGACUCGGAGUGCCAGACCGAGGACAUCCUGGUCGCUGCUCCAUCCCGGAGGCGGAUCAGAGCUCACAGGGGCCAGAGCAUUGCAGCUUCCCUUUCUCAUUCUGCUGGCAACAUCUCUGCCUUGGCAGACAAAGGCGACACCAUGUUUACUACGCCAGUGAGCAGCCGCACAAGAUCCCGGAGCCUUCCCCGGGAGGGCAAUCGAGGUGGUGAUGCGGAGCCGAAAGUUGGUGCUAAAUCCUCAACAUAUGAAGAAGGGGAGCCUUUUGCGGGCGACCGAGAGAGAACCCCUAAGGAUGGCAGCGAAGCCCCAAGCAGCCCCUGCGCACCAGAAUGCCAGCCUGCUUUGGGUCUGGCCUGCUCGCAACAGUUCCACAGCCCCCAGCACAAGUUAAGCGAGCGAGGGAGGUCGAGGCUAUCCCGGAUGGCGGCCGACUCAGGCAGCUGUGACAUCUCCUCUAAUUCAGACACAUUUGGGAGCCCCAUCCACUCCAUCUCCACGGCGGGUGUCCUCCUCAGCAGCCAUAUGGACCAAAAGGAUGACCACCAGUCGUCCAGUGGCAACUGGAGCGGGAGCAGCUCCACCUGCCCAUCCCAGACCUCGGAGACAAUCCCUCCCGCCGCUUCUCCACCCCUCACAGGCUCCUCGCACUGUGACUCGGAGCUGUCACUCAACACGGCCCCUCAUGCCAAUGAGGACUCCAGUGUCUUUGUGGCUGAGCAGUACAGUGACCACCUGGAUAAAGUCAGAGGCCACCGGGCCAACUCCUUUACCUCCACUGUGGCCGACCUGCUGGAUGAUGCCAACAACAGCAACGCCAGUGACAGUGAGUGGAAUUACCUGCACCACCAUCACGAUGCCUCCUGCCGCCAGGAUUUCAGUCCUGAGCGCCCCAAGGCAGACAGCCUGGGCUGCCCGAGCUUCACAAGCAUGGCCACGUAUGACAGCUUCCUGGAGAAGUCGCCCUCUGACAAGGCUGACACUAGCUCCCACUUUUCUGUGGACACGGAGGGCUACUACACCUCCAUGCAUUUUGACUGUGGCCUCAAAGGCAACAAGGGCUAUGUGUGUCACUACUCAGCCCUGGGCCCGGACAACGGCCAGGGGGCAGGGGCUCCUCCCAGUCUCCCUGACUGUGCCUGGCAGGACUACUUAGACCACAGGAGGCAGGGGAGACCAAGCAUCUCCUUCAGGAAACCAAAGGCCAAGCCCACCCCACCCAAACGGAGCUCAUCACUGAGGAAGUCCGAGGGAAACGGAGACGUUUCUGAGAAGAAAGAACCAAAGAUAGGCAGCGGUCAGCUCCUGCCUCACAGUUCCAGGGAGAUGAAGCUGCCUCUUGAUUUCUCCAACACGCCUUCUCAAAUGGAAAAUGCCACUCUUCCUGCUGAGCAGGAGUCUUCUUGGAUAAACCAGAGUGAACACGGGGGCAAGGAGCCCCAGUUAGACACUUCAGAUAUUCUGCCAUUUAAAGACGAAGGUGCUGAAUCAACUCACUAUGCAGACCUCUGGCUUCUAAAUGACUUGAAAACGAAUGAUCCUUACAGAUCUUUGUCAAAUUCCAGCACGGCUACAGGUACCACAGUUAUUGAGUGCAUCAAAUCUCCAGAGAGCUCAGAAUCCCAAACAUCCCAGUCCGAAUCAAGAGCCACCACCCCAUCCCUUCCUUCUGUUGACAAUGAGUUCAAACUGGCUUCUCCCGAAAAGCUGGCUGGUUUGGCCUCUCCGUCAAGUGGCUACUCGAGCCAGUCUGAAACGCCCACUUCCUCUUUCCCCACAGCUUUCUUCUCUGGCCCCUUGUCUCCUGGAGGUAGCAAAAGAAAACCGAAAGUUCCAGAAAGGAAGUCGUCACUCCAGCAGCCCUCCUUAAAAGAUGGCGCUCUAACACUGAGCAAAGACUUUGAACUGCCAAUAAUACCUCCAACCCAUCUUGACCUAAGUGCCCUUCAUAGCGUCUUGAAUAAACCAUUCCACCACCGUCACCCUCACCCGCUGCAUGUCUUUGGUCAUAGUAAGCAGAACCUGGGAGGAGAAACCCUGAGGUCAGACCCUCCACCCUCCCUUGCGAUCACUCCUACAGUCCUGAAAUCUGUGAACCUUCGCUCCAUUGGGAAGUCCGAGGAAGUCAAGCAGAAAGAAGGCAGCAGUCCAAAUGUGCCCUACUUGGAGGAGAGUGCGCUCGCCGUGGCUGGGCUGUCUCCAGGGAAGGCCAGGCCACACGGGGCCAAGAAAUUCAUUUCCCGCCAGUUCUCCACCGAAGAUGGCUUGCUGUCCUUCUUCGACCCCUCUGCAACUGAGAUGGGAGCAGAUAAGCUGCAGUUAGAGAAACCCCAUUCUGUUGAUGUGAAGAACCAUUGUGACCCAGAAGCGGGGAGCGUGGCCAACAGCAACCUUCUGGAUUCAGGUAUCACAAGAGAACAAAUGCGGAUGGAAAGUGGGCCUGCUCCAGAAAGCGCACCGAGCAGAGACUGUGACUUCCCCCCAGAAGGCUUCCAGAGGGUCACGGUCACCCGCCCGCAAGUCGUGGACAGUAGGUCCCUCUACCAUGGAGCUGGUGUGGACGAAGCCCGGGCAGCCACCCAGAAGGCAUCGCCUGGGGACCAGGAGGAAGGUGCCCACCCCGAGUCUGUGGCCCCGCCUGCCUUUCACUCCCACUCACCCACGGGAGCUGUGGACAGAAGCAGUCAGUGGAAGCAGCAACUCGGAACGAACCACCACCAUGACAAAGUGCCUGGGGCCCUCAGCUACGCAGCAGAGCUAUCAACCAUUCACUCAUGCCCUGAAAGAUAUUCAGAGCAGGGAAACAGCGCUUCAGGUAUUUCCGCCAAAAGUGCCUCUGAUACCAGCAGAGCAGAGGAGACCCAAGGCCCCGUGGAUGAGGCUUCACUGAAAGAAUCAUCCCCGAGUGAUGACUCUCUGAUUUCACCGCUCAGUGAGGACUCUCAGGCCGAAACGGAAGGCGUGUUUGUGUCUCCAAACAAACCUCGAACGACAGAGGACCUGUUUGCUGUCAUUCACAGGUCCAAGAGGAAAGUACUGGGAAGAAAGGAUUCUGGGGACAUGUCCGUCCGAAGCAAAUCAAGAGCAGCUGCUGGCAGUAGUGGUGGCAGCAGCAAUGCUGGUUCUGUCACUUCACCCAGCAGCAAUGCGACAACGUCUAACAGCCAGAGGUCUCCUGGCCUCAUCUACCGGAAUGCCAGAAAGUCCAACACAUCCAACGAGGAGUUUAAGCUCUUGCUCCUGAAGAAGGGCAGCCGCUCAGACUCCAGUUACCGCCUGUCUGCCACGGAGAUCCUCAAGAGUCCCAUUCUGCCCAAGCCUCCUGGGGAGCUCCCAGCCGAGUCCCCCCAAAGCAGUCACGAGGCCCAUCAGGGGAUGCCUGGGCCGGAGAUCCUGUCCCCACUCUCUCCCUGCCCACCGCGAGUCAAUGCCGAAGGGUUCUCCUCAAAGACCUUUGCCACCUCAGCAGCUGCCAGGGUGGGCCGCUCCCGGGCGCCCCCUGUGGCCAGCAGCAGCCGCUACAGUGUCCGCUGCCGGCUGUACAACGCGCCGAUGCAGGCCAUCUCUGAGGGUGAGACUGAGAAUUCUGAUGGAAGCCCCCAUGACGACCGAUCCUCCCAGAGCUCAACAUAGGGGCCGGAGCCAGGCUGGCUGCCAGAGGGCCCAGCAAGCCCUUAGUUGUGUGUGGGUGGCUGAAGGGGACAGAGAGAGGCCCAGGGAGGAGUCAACACGGUGCCAGGUACCAUCACUGCUUACCAAUUAGUUCCGUGCUAUUUGCUGGGGAACAGAAGGUGGGUUUGCUCCCUCUUGAUUAUUUCCCAUGGUUUUUAAAUAGCUGCACUGUCUUUCAUAUUUUUCUUUAGCUUAGUUUUGGUUUACUCAACCUCAUUCCUUUUGAUAAUAUAGAAUUAAAAAAAAAAAGCCUGCUUUUCAUAAAACCUAGAAAAGGUUUUCCCAGAGCUGCCUAUUCAGUAAACUAAGCCCUCACUGUCACGAUUCUUAAGAAGACAAAAUUAUGCCGGAGGUUUGGUAUUUUUUUACAUUACAAUGCACUAAAGCAAAAUUUAGAAGAAUGAAUUACACACAUGUAAAUACCAUAUUUUUGAUAAGAAUGUGUAAAUAGAUUUAUCGAUGACGAGUGGACAUGUGGCCCAUUAUCUACCGCACACCGACUGUUUAUAGAACACGCAAAUCAAAGUGUAAUAACUGUAUUCUGUGAAUACCAUUUUCAUAUCAAAUACCAUAUUUAAAUGUCCACCAAAUAUGAUUUCUGAGUAACAAAUCUCAAAUAUGAAUUUUCAACUGGUGAAAAAAAGGAAAUCUUGAGGUCAUAUACUGAAACAUGCUAAAUUUUAAAACAAUGACUGCAGACCUAACCUUUUUGUGUGUGUGUGUGUGUGUGACAAAUUGCAGCAACCAACAAGCUAAUAAUAAUAGCAUGUGGCAAUUUGGAGAGAAUGAAAAGCAUGCGGCAAUUUUUUUUUUCUCUCAACAAGAGAAAUCACCAUUCUCAAGCCCUGAACGGCACCAUUUAACAGUGUCCUAUGGAUUUUCAUUUUUCAGCGGAUUGCUUUAAAGAGAAUGAGAAGGGGACACAGUAGUUAAUUUUAGGUUAUGUUUAUGUUAGGCUACUGAGGACAUACAACUAGUCAUAAUCGAAUGACUCUAAUCUUUAAACUCCUUAAAACAGUUUAGCAAUUAGCUCCAGGUUCUUGAACUUACAAACAAUGAAACGCAAGCAUGCCACAGAGCUGUUGAUUCCUCAGUAAGUACCUGCAAUGAGUUUUCAGUGCCGUUUUCUCUCUGUGCUGAUAAGAUUCAUGCUACCUAAACAAUUAACAGAAAUGACACUGUGAACAAUGUAGUUGGCAAGUAGGUAUGUGUAUAUGCAUUAUUUAUAUUCACUUGUAAACUGGGAAUGGGGAACAGCUCUGGUUCACGAUGCUACAUACAACCGAGUUUUUGUCUGAUUUUACUAUAUCUGCUUGAUGGCAAAGGGGGAGGGGUGGUGGGUGGGCAAGGAACCCUCAGGGCAGGCGCUCUGACAACAUGAAGGCAGGGAAACAAGCUGAAUUACUUGAAAUUACUUGAAUUUUCUUGUCUAAAAACUGAAGAAGAAGAAGAAGAUGACGACAAAUGUAGUUACAAGUUGAAAUCUGCAAAUGGCCUUUACACCUCUGAUUUUAACAUGAACUGAUACUGAUGUUUGAAAUGAUAUGUCCAAAAAAUAAGCAGCUAUAUACUUAGACUAUGUUUUGAAUGGGAGGAGGUAGCGAGUAGCAAGAAUAAAGAAGAGUCACGAGAAUGACAGAGCACGCCAGAGUUACCAAGACAUUGAAGAGCAGUCGGCUUUAAGCUUAUGCAAGUGACACUCGGGAGAGCAGGAUGUGUGAGAGGGGGUUUGUGGUUUUGAGUUUUCUCAUGCAGUCUGGAGGAGAAAGCAUGAUCUAAGAAGAUGCUGUCUUUCACUAGAAAACACAUUCUAAGAUGUUUCUGACUAAGAAGUAGAGAAUCUGAUUGCUGUUGGGGUCUGUUUGUUGGGAAAGAAACAAAGAACAAAAAAAAAAUCUGGUUUCUACUAUUUGUGUUGACUAUCAAAUUGUGUUUCUUCAUUUCUUGUCAUUCGUGUAUGUAAAAUGGGUGCUGGGGUGCUGGGGUAGAGGAGGGGGAAUAUGUGUAUGUGUGGUGUGUGUGGGGGUGAGUGCUUGUGCUGGGAUAGAUAAGGUACUUGGGAAAGGGUACAUUUGAACAUUUACAACGUGUUAUACUUUUGAUCAAAAGAAAAAAAAAUGUUUGGGGGGUUGAAAAAAAAAAAAAGGACCAUCAUUUCUCAUUGAAACCCGUUCGUCAAGAAAACCAGCAUGGUUUGACUUCACAUGGGAACAUGAAUGACCUUUUUCUCAUGCUUUGAAAAGUACACUUGGCAAAAUUUUAAAACUAAGGUUUUUAGAGAAAUGCGAUAAGAAACUGUCAUUUCCAGUAACAGUAGGAGAUCUUUUGUAAUUUUCAUAAAAGCAGUUCGUUUGCAGUAUGGCUUUUGUGUAGUUAGGAGUUUUUAAAGUGUAAAGAAAGGUAUGUAGGCUUUAAAAGUGAUUCUAAAUCUUGAAUAGAAAAACACAUGAAUUGGCUUUAAUAAAAAUGUCACCACUUUAUUAUUAUUUUAAGUAAUGGUACCAUAUAUAUUUUCAAGUACAUAUUGACUUGAAUUAUGAGGCAAUAAGAUACCUUCUAUAUGUAAUGAUCACAGAAUUAACCCUUAUAAUAUAGUUUUACUUAUUUUGUUUACUCAAAAUCUAUAGCAGAGUUUCUCUAUUUUAUAUUGCAUAGAUUUAAAAAAAAUCCCAAAUAAAUUUAAAGAUGGAUUUAAAAUUCACUGUGGAAAAAAGAGCACUGAGUAACAAGCUCAAGUUAGAAAAAAAAAUCAAGAAAUUCCUUAGUAAGUAGGAAUAUUCUAUAUGGCUUUAUCACAUAGCACAUAAGACCAAGAUUUAGAGGCUGUCCUUAACAUCACUGCCUUCUGGAAGCAGGGUACACACAUUAGGUAUAGUAAAAAACAUCGAUCCAAACUUUUCUUCUGUUGUUUGCACUGAUGCUACAUUUUCCUUCUUUAGUGUUUAGAUAAUAUGUUUGUAGUGUGGGGAAAUUUUUCUUUUCCUUACUUGUUUUUUUUUUUUUUUUUUUUUUUUGGCUAAGUAAAGGACAUGGACUAGUCUUAGCAAACAAAACACUCGUUUGCUCUUGCCAAAGCUCAGUGAGUGAGUAUAUUUGCUGCGUGGUGCAGGUUUAGAGGAUUGGAACAUCUCGACAAGUUAAAAAAAAAACCUGGAGGUUAGAGCAUAACUCUUGGGUACUAGAACCAGUUCAUGCUGGCCGAAAAGACAAUGGUUUAUGGACUUGCAUUCAUUUUUUUUUUUGUAUUUUUGUAAUAUUUGUAAAUAUGAACUUUUUAAAAUAGUUGCAAAAAUGAUUUCUUUUGUAAGAUGUUUUCAACGUUUACAUUCAAUCCAAGCCUUUGUAUAUUUUAGAGCUGUGCAACACUUUUAAGUCUUGUAUUUAUUUUUAGUAAAAAUGGUGACAGUUUCAUUGUGAACCCCUCUCAAAAAAAAAAAAAGAUGUACCAGAUAAGUUUGAUUACCUAGAAAGUGUGUAUAGAAACUGCAAAUAAACGUGACUGCAAUUAAA